ACGAGCGAGAGCGCUGAUCAUGUAGUAAGUCAUCGCCCUACGUCGCUCAGAAAUCGCGGUGGAAGGGAUUGUCAGCUUUCUCAGGCCUGACAGAGCGCCCGGCGAGCGUCAAAGCCAUAGGUUUCCGCUGCUACUACAUUUCCGGCUUCCGAGCGAGCUGGACGUCUGAAGAGAGCACGAAUGGCCGCAAACCCGGUGGCGGCCCGCGUGAUUGGGGACAUAUCAAAUCCCGCUAGCCCGAUCACAAAGUGGGGUCUGGCGUCGAGGCGGCGCUCCUGUCUCCACUCUCGCCAUCGACAACAAAGGCCCGAAGGUUUUUGUCCUCCACCUAUACCUCGCGCGUCGAUGCCUGCUUGAGCUCGCGCUUUCCUCCAACCUAGUCACCCGUGAACGUUCGUUAUGACCCCCGCCAUGUUCUAUUCCCCUGCUAUCAGCAUGUUCGGGAAGCGCGCUGCCCAGGAGCAGGGCGGCCUCUUGUCUGGCAAGGACCCAACCGAGUUCAGCACGUCGGACCCCAUCCGUCUAUGGAUCGUGCAGAUCGGUGUGAUCGUGGCGACCGCCAGUCUUCUUUCCCUCGGUUUGCGCAAGAUAAGACAACCGAAAGUCAUCGCGGAGGUGCUAGGAGGUAUCAUACUCGGUCCCACUGCUUUUGGUCGCAUACCCGGCUUCACCGAGCACAUCUUCCCCGACGAGUCGCGCCCCUUCCUCAGCCUCACUGCCACCAUCGGUCUCUGCCUCUUCCUCUUCCUCGUCGGCCUCGAGAUCGAAGGCGCCGUCAUCAAACGCAAUGCCAAGCUUUCCCUCACAGUCGCUCUCGCUGGCAUGGCUGUCCCCUUCGGGCUCGGCGCAGCCAUAUCCGUCCCCUUGUACAACGAGUUCAUCGACCCCAGCAUCAAGUUCACGCACUUCAUGCUCUUCGCGGGCGUCGCGUUUAGUAUCACGGCCUUCCCGGUCCUCUGUCGCAUCCUGACGGAGCUGAAGCUUCUCGAUACCACUGUCGGCAUUGUUGUGCUCAGUGCGGGUGUGGGGAACGAUGUCGUAGGCUGGGUGUUGCUCGCGUUGUCCAUUGCUCUGGUGAACGCGGGCAGCGGGCUGAUGGCGCUGUACAUCUUGCUCGUCGCAGUCGGCUUCUCUAUCUUCCUUCUCGUACCCGUACGGAUGGCAAUGCGGUGGUUGGCGGUCAAGACGGGCUCUAUCGAGAACGGACCUUCACUGUUCUUCAUGACGGUGACGAUCCUACUCGUCUUCGCGUCGGCGUUCUUUACGGAUAUUAUCGGGGUGCAUGCUAUCUUCGGUGCCUUCCUCACUGGAUUGGUCGUCCCUCGCGACGGCGGGCUGGCCAUCGCGCUCACGGAGAAGCUGGAGGAUAUGGUGUCCAUCAUAUUCUUGCCUUUGUACUUCACGCUUUCUGGGCUUUCAACGGACCUCGGCCUGCUGAACAACGGCAUCACUUGGGGCUACACGGUCGCCAUCUGUGCUCUUGCCUUCAUUGGCAAGUUUGGAGGGUGCACCAUUGCGUCCCGUUUCAUUGCGGGCUUCAACUGGCGCGAAUCAAGCACGAUUGGCGGGCUCAUGAGUUGCAAAGGCUUGAUCGAACUAAUUGUCCUCAACAUCGGUCUUCAGGCGAAGAUCUUGACGCCUCGGGUGUUCUCAAUGUUUGUGUUGGAAGCGCUUCUGCUCACAUUCAUCACGACACCUCUUGUGACCUUCCUGUACCCACCCGAGAAGCGUAUCAGGGCCGCCGGCACGGGCGCGAACUUCAAUAACGUGCCAGACCAGGAGGCACUGCCUGAUACGGCGCCGACAGACGCCGAGGGCAAGUUCAAGUCCAGGUUCCUCGUCGUGCUUGACCGUCUGGAGCACCUUCCGGGCAUGAUGGCGCUGGCACAGCUCGUGCAGCCGGCGCAGGCGUUGAUGGAAGCCACUGCCGUGCGCAACUCGGUCGACGAGAAGGGCAAGCAGGCGCCCUCUCCAUCGCUCGCCCCCGCACCGACCAUCGAGGCCCUUCGACUCAUCGAGCUGUCCGACCGAACUUCGGCAGUCAUGCGCUCUAAUGCGCAUGCGGCGGAGACGCUCGCGGCAACGGAUCCUGUGCUGUCCGUGUUCAGGAUGUUUGGGCAGCUCAAUGGGUUCCAGAUGAACUCGGCAUUGAGCAUCGUGCCCUAUGAUGACCUAGCCUACCGCGUCGCGGAACACGCGCGCGAUAGAGGGGUCGAGAUGAUUAUGGUCCCGUGGCUGCCGUCCGUACCAUUCCCGACUCAGGAGGAUGGAACUGCCCCGACGACCCCUCGGGCAGCCACUACGCCUCGUGCGGCUACUGCCGGCCAGUUCAAUCCUUUCGACGCGUUGUUUAAGUCGGCGAGCAGCGCUCCGAGCGCGUCGGCGUCGGCGAUACACGCGACGUUCGUGCGCGGUGUGUUUGCCCAGGCGCGCGUCGAUGUUGCGCUAUUCGUGGACCAGGGUCACGCCAGCGGCCCCGCACACGCCGGAGCGGACGUUCAUCUAUUCCUUCCUUUCGUGGGUGGCCCGGACGACCGACUCGCCUUGUCCUUCGUCGGACAGCUCUGCGAGAUGGGCGGCGGCCGGAUACGUGCGACCGUCGUGUGGCUGAAGAAGACCGAGGAGGGCGAAGCCGAGCGCGUUGUCUCGAACGAGAAGGCCGACGAGGCGCAGCUGACGGUGGCAUCGCAGCAUCACGUCACGGUGGGCUCGACGGUUGCGGGCGGCGCGUUCCCGGAUACGGUGUACGGCAACGCGACGACGCAGACGCGGCUGCAGAGCGAGGCGGCGGAUGCUAUUGCGUGGGCGCGGGCGACUGGGGAGCGCAACGGGGCCUCCAUUAGUUCCUCGGUCAUUGCGCGUCAGGACUUCCAGGAGGUGGCCACGCCGACACCGUUGCGCACCGCGCUGGACCUUGCGCGUCAGCACGAGCCCGCGCACGGGAGGCUGAUCGUGGUGACGGGAAGGUCGCGGAGGCUGGCUGUCGAGAAUCAUGCCAAGGAGCUGAAGGAGGUGAUGGAGCGGUACACGCACGUCGGCGUGGAGGUGCGGAAGACGGUGGGCGAUGUUGCGACGGCCUUUGUGUCAGCGGAUAGUGGGGCGGGUGUCGUUGUGGUGCAGGCGGCAAACAUCGCUGUCGAGUGAGAGUAUCGCCGUGAAGUGAGGAGGUGGCGAUGGUGAGAUUUGUUACGACUUAUACCUGUAAUGACCCGCAAUUGUUCGACAUCGUUUGGCAUAUCACUGUACACACAUAGUAUCCUGGUUACGACUGCAUUUACGACUGUACAUAUAGCAUACAUACCUGUGCAUGGCUCUGGAUAUUUCUUUGACCGAC